AUGCGUGUCCCAAUUGCAGUGCAGCUGGCCGUCCUGGUGCUCUUCCCGUCUCUGCUGGGCCUAGCUGUCAUCUCCGUUGCCAUUUGGAUCAAUAAUUACAAUUUCGUUGUUGAUGUCAAAUCGCAAAGCAUAUCGUCAACAGCCGCCCUCAAGGCAAGCCAAAUCUCUGGCGACCUUGAACUCGCCCAGUCAGCCUCCAAAACCGUCGCCUCUCGCAUCCUUAUCCAGGCCGCCUUGAAACGCCUCUAUCUCGGCAAUGAUACAAAGGAGAACUGGGCCGCGGCCAACACGGACAUCCAGGCUGCCCUGGGGAGUGGUGGAUACACCGCGCUCUAUCAGGCCACCAUCUACCCGAAAGACGGCACGGGCAAUCCCUAUGGAGUGUUCAACGUCACAGGCUCCGACAUCUCGCCGAUCGAGCUUCCGUAUUCUUACCCAAACGGCUCCACGGUGAUUCUCGGAGAUCCUGGGCUGGGCUAUCCGCCCAGACUGUAUCCAAAUCUUACCUAUUCGUCGCGUAUCGAAAGUGACGAGAAUGGCAUUAGGAGGAAUGUCACUACCGUGCAUGCCUUCCCGGACGUGCAAUUGCGCGCCACAUCCACCCUGCUCCUCGGUCCGUUCCAUGUCAAUGCAACCUUCUCACUCCUAUCGGUGACCUUACCAAUAAUCAACAAUACGUCAGCGACGGAUAUUCUGGGUUUCAUGACAGUGGUUGCUAGCGCAGCCCGGUUACAAAACAUCCUUCGGUCCAGAGACGCACUCGAUAGUACCGGGAUCUCGUUACUGUUGGGGCCAGCAAACCCUCAAAACCGUUUUCCAAGCGACGCCCAUCCCGCCACCCGCACGAGUGAAGGGAACAUUGAUGCCCUGAACUCCGUGCAGAUGCAAUAUGUCUUUGAACCAUCCAUUGUCUCGGGUGUCGCCGACAGGCAUAAUCGCUAUCACCAGGGCGAUUCGUUCGCACUCAGCGCCUACCCAGCAGUAGCCACUGCCUUCGCCCGUCGACCUAAGAGCUUCAAUAAUGCCAGCACUUCGUUGAAGACGACCAACGAGGAGGGAUCAAAAGUGGCAGUUGGUAUCGCCCGUCCGCAGAGUACAAUGGUGGACUGGAUUGUAGUAGUGGAGCAGACCCAUGCGGAAGCCUGGGCCCCAGUGAUCCGUCUGCGGAACAUCAUUCUAGCCUGCGUGUUCGGUGUAGCAGGAUUCAUAGCACUGAUCGUUCCACCACUGGCCCAUCUAUGUGUUGCUCCGAUCCGUCGGCUGAGAGAUGCGACGAAGAAAACGAUGGAUCCUCCAAUGGACCCCUCCUCUGGCCUUCUCACUGUCAGCAACAACAACGAAGCCAGCUGUGAGACUUGCCGAUUAAGCGAAAAAGAAAAAGGAUUUCGUGUAGGAUUGCGAUUUCUCGGCUGGGGAAGCUUUGGCGCUUCUGAUUGUCCACAUGUUGAAGAGGGACGGAAAAAACCGUUUUGUGUACCUGGCAAGGUCGAGGAGAAAAGACGCUGGGUCACGGAUGAGUUGACUGAGCUGUCGAAAACAUACAACGAGAUGUCUGAUGAAUUGAUGAUUCAGUACACCAAGCUUGAAGAAAGAGUAGCAGAGCGAACGCGCGAAUUGGAGAUUAGCAAGAAGGCAGCCGAAGUGGCUAACGAGAGUAAGACCUUGUUCAUCGCUAAUAUCUCCCAUGAGCUUAAAACACCCCUAAAUGGGAUCCUGGGCAUGUGUGCUGUUUGCAUGGGCGACGACAACUUGCCGAGAAUCAAAAAAUCACUGCGAAUUGUUUACAAAUCCGGAGAACUCCUCUUGCACCUGCUCAAUGACUUGUUGACCUUCAGCAAAAACGAGAUUGACAAGGUGAUCCAACUUGACCAGAAAGAAUUCUAUUUGGCGGAUAUCAAAUCACAAAUUCUCGCGGUUUUCCAAAAUCAGAUCCAAGAAAAGCACAUCGAUUUCGGGAUUCACUUUGUUGGCGCUCCCAAAACACAGGUAGAACCAGCUGAGAUUUCGGAGAAGCCGCCGCAAGUUGAGACGGAGCUGGGACCUCCUGGAACAGCGUCUUUGAAGGAUAUGGUGCUUUGGGGAGACCAGCAUCGACUCCUUCAGAUUCUCAUCAAUCUCGUCAGUAACAGCUUGAAAUUCACCCCAGAAGGCGGCAGAGUGGAAGUGCGUAUCAAGUGUUUGGGGGAAGUGGACAAACAGGCGGACCGCACGGGGAGAACAUCUACUGAUUCGAAAUUGUUCCGACGCCGGUCAAAAACGCCCUCUGCUACCCAGUCUAAAGCAGCGGAGAAGGAAAGGAGAACUUCAAUGUCUUUGCAAGGCCAGGAUCAGCUCUCCAUAUCACCACCUAUCGAUGCGAAACCGCUAAUGUUUGCAUUUGAAGUGGAAGAUACCGGGCCCGGUAUUCCUCAGCAUUUGCAACAACGCGUGUUCGAACCAUUCAUGCAAGGUGAUCCAGGACUCAGCAAGAAGUACGGAGGUACUGGUCUGGGUUUAAGUAUAUGUUCCCAGCUUUCCCAGCUGAUGAAUGGGACGAUCAGAUUGCAGAGCAUCGAAGGCAUUGGUACAACCUUCGUGCUCAGAAUCCCUUUGCAGUAUAUCAGGGAGGUAACACCGAGUACCAGAACCUCCAGCAUCACGGCAUCCAUCGCUCCCAGUAUACGUUCCUUGGGAUCACGGGUAGAAUCCCAUAGCAGUACGUCAGUCCAUUUCGAGAAGGAUCUUGAGCCGAGGCUGGUGGGAUUGAGUCAGCCAUUCUUCGCUGCGGCACCACCAUCGCCUCCUGCGACAACCGAUGUUCAGAUGCAGGCUUUUGGUCAAAUUGACGGGCAAACAGACGGAAAGAUCCGGGUGUUGGUGGCAGAGGACAACGUUGUCAAUCAAGAGGUCGUACUUCGAAUGUUAAAACUCGAGGACGUGUAUGAUGUGACGAUUGCGAAAGAUGGGCAGGAAGCUUAUGACGUUGUCAAAGCCAACAUGGAGGAGGGCAAGGCUUUCAAUCUCAUCUUGAUGGACAUACAGAUGCCAAAUUUGGAUGGUCUACAAUCGACGCGCCUCAUCCGAGAGAUGGGAUACUCCGCACCGAUCGUCGCUCUAAGCGCAUUUGCAGAAGAGAGUAAUAUCAAGGAUUGCAUGGACUCGGGGAUGAACAUGUUCCUCAGGUAA